AUGGAUCAGUACAAGCAUUUCAGCCACACCCAUGACCUACUUUUCCACCAGAUGCCACAAGGUUCAGAAAUCCAUUGCUCAGGUUGCAACUCUUCUGGUUCAGGAUGUGUCUAUGUAUGCUGGCAAUGCAAUUUCUUUCUUCAUGAACAGUGCUUUCAAGCAAGCCGAUCCAUGAAACACCCAUAUCACCCCACCCACCCUCUAACCCUUGUCCCAUAUCCAACCUAUCCUUCUAAUUCCUUCUUCUGCAAUUCUUGUAGCCAAAUUGGAACUGGUUUUUCUUAUAGCUGUUCAGAAUGUGAAUUUGAUCUCCAUGUCCAUUGUGCUUGCAUUACUCAAACCACACCCCAUGUAUCUCGACCUUAUGGAGGCUCAGUGUACGAGACUCAUCAUAUUAUUCCGGGUCCUAGGGAACCUCAGAUGUACACAGGCUUACCAUUAACUUCUAAGUCACAAUGGAACAACCAAACUGAGACGUUAAGGCCCACCCUUGAAUCUCAUCCCUAUGGCCCUUACCAAAAUCAGCCUAUCCCAAAUGAAACACCAACUUUUAAGCCCACCCUCGAAUCAUAUCAUCCCUAUGGCCCUUACCAAAGUAAGUCUAUGCCCAAUGAAACACCAACGUUUAAUCCUCAAUAUACUUGCAUGCCUCAAACUUUGCCUGGUGUUAAUGCCCCAGACUGUGCUGCUAGUUCUCAGAUGCCACCGCCACCGGCCGAUCAGCCAGGGAAGGUUCUAUACCAUAAAAACAAUCAAAUGAAGAUACAGGACUCAAAGAAUCACAGUCAUCCCCAUUCCUUUAAUCCAUCUGAAGAGGUGAUCAAGGAAGGUUUGACGGUUUCUUCCGGUGGUGAGCAAGACCCAUUGGUGGCUAACGGCCGCCCCGGGCAGCAGUGGAACCACCACAAUUUGACGGAAGAGAUUCAGCACAAAUCUCAUCCCAACCACCCUCUUGUGCUCCUCCCAACCCCACCAUACAAAGCCGAUGGUGCCUUCACUUGCAAUGCUUGUUUCAAAACUGGCACUGAUUUUGUCUACCACUGCUCAAUUUGCAAAUUUGACCUCCACGUCGACUGUGCCACCUUGCCGGAGACUAUGAACCGCAAAGAUCAUGAACACCCACUCAAAGUUCUGUUUUCCUCUCCUUGCAAAAAUGGGGAAGAAGGGAAAGAGAACUUGAUCUUUGCUUGUGAUGUUUGCCAUAGUUCAGUCCAAGAAAGUUGCUGGGUUUAUUACUGUAAAGAAUGUGAUUAUGGGACUCAUGUGGAUUGUGUAGCAGAUGAGGAAUGCCCAGAAGGAGAAUCAGAAACGAGUUCAGUUCUUGAGGCUCAGAUGGAGUUGCAAAGGCUUCAGAUUCAGAUGCAAAUGGCUAACCAAAACGCACAAUUCAUGGCCAGCAUUGCACAUAGUUUGGCCAACCUGGUUUAG